UUCAGGUCCAUACCACAAAUACACAAGGUAGAAAGAACAAGUUUUUCAACAAGACUUGAACACAAUGAUCAUGUUCAUCCUCAUCCUGUGUGCCUUGUCAAGAGAGGCCAUGGUCCAAACCACAGCCAAGAAGAUUUUUCCAGCAAAGAUCUAUUGGACUUCUACAGGAACGAUAAUGGAGGGAAGUGACCUUGUGGUAAAAUGUAGUACACAUGGGCGCAAGGAAGACAAAGUGGCAUAUGUUUACUUGUGCAUUAACGGAGUUGCAGUGGAUCAGAAGAGAACUAUACAAGAAGACACCCUUUUCACCAUGAAAAGUGUUACUGGCCAACAGAGUGGCAAUUACAGCUGUGUGUUCUCUAAAGCCCUGUAUCCAUUCUCUGAAGUGCAGGGAAAAGGAGAUAAUUCCCUUUCCAUCCAGGUGAUGGACCGUAUACUCCCUGCAGACAUAUCACUUGCAGGCUCAAGAACUGUGAGAAAGGGAGAUGGUGUGGAGUUUAAGUGUACGAUCUCAGACCCAAGUUUUCAAACAAAAAAUACCAGUGACUUAGUUCACGCUUACCUCUGCAAGUAUGGCUCUGUUGUUCAGAUGCAGGUGUUUGACGUAGAGAGCACGGAGGUCACUUUUACGAUUAAAAGUUUUAACAAGAACGACGCAGGUAACUACAGUUGCGUGAUUGAUCUGCAAUCAAAAACCCUCAAAGACAAAGACAGAACAUUAUAUGGAAAUAAUGGAGUAUUUCUACAGGUUAAUGUGUCCUGGAGUCACUUAAUCAGACUCGUGUCCUGCAUCUGUUUUCUUCUGAUCUCAUCACUGAUAGUGGGCAUAUGGUGGCUGUUCAUUAAACAAGGAGCUUUACAAUGUUAUUGUGGAAGAACACCACAACAGGAGGAGAACGAUGCGCCAAUGACAGGGGAGGGUGACGACGGAACGUCAAGCGUGGAGGAAGAAUCCAGUGAUGAAUUUGCCUGUGACAGUGAGGCCAGUGGGGAGGAGUACCAGGAUCUGGGUGAGAAAUGUUUAGGUGUUGAGAUUGAGACACACAAUGAGCUGGGUGUUGAGAUUGAGACACACAAUGAGCUGGAGGAUACCACCUACCAAGAAAUUCUGGUUGAAACACGGAAAAUUAAACACGUUAUGGUGCGUGUUCAAGAUGCAGCAAAUCAAGGCCCAGAUGCAGAACAUAUGUAUGCCAAGUCCUGCAAGACCGGACGUCAUCAAUACAUGCCUUAAUCAUUAUUAGAUCUGCAUUAUUUCAAAGCAGUACUGCAUGUGUACUUCAUGGUUACAGUAUCUAUAAUGAUGUAUUUUAUGUAUUGUGUAUUCAAUGUGUGUCUUCCGUUGGACUACUCCUUGCAUGUUCAAGUUGACGAUGAUGCCAAAUUGUCUGGUGACCUGACAUUUGCGAUGCAUUCUAUUAAAUCUUCCGUGGAAGAUAUUUAAAAAACGGAGUCAUUUUAAAGUACCACAUUAAGUAUUAUUGCUGGAUAUACUGUUGUAUUCUCCCUCUUAUAAAAUAUGUUUUAAUGUUCUCGAACUGUGAAUGUGGUGUACUUUCUUGGAACUGAAAACAAAUACAAUCGUCUUAUAGGCGCAGUUUCAGUUGGGACAGCAGUUUAGAAUUUCACCCUUGAUAACAAGGAAGACUGUGGGCUCACUUGGUCUAACCAAUAUGUGAUGCUGUCACCAAUU